AUGGUUGGUAAUAAUAGUAAAUCUAUGCGAUUGUUGCAAGCAGAGGCAAGGAAAAACAAAGAGCUGGCCACUAAAUUAGACGAAUUUAGAAAAAAAAAUGCUCAAACACGCUUAACAAAAAAUUAUGAAAAAGAUAAUCCAGAUUUUGAUAUUCCAUCAUCGUCUGACGCAUCAAGUUCAGAAGCAGUAGAAGAAGAAGUGAAACCUGAACUUCCUUCGAUUAUUAUCCAUCAAAAUGUUGUUAUUCGUUCUAGAAACGCUAUAACUUCAGAUUCAAAUAAUAACAAUAAUGUUAUUGGUUUGGUUACCGAAAUUGUCGAUAAUGUAAUUGAUGCUGCAAUUGAGCAAUAUGAAAAUCGAGAAGCCAGUUUAUAUACAAAAGCAGGACAGCUCCGAAAACGGAGACAAGUGCAAGAAAUGUUGUACCAAAAAAAAAUUCAGAAGAAGGUGCAAAUAUAA